AUGGCCUGGUUCCCUGGGGGGCCUUCCCUUGGCUGGACCCUGCUGGCCUUCUCGUGCCUAAGUGCCCGAGGGCUAGCUGUGGAGGUGACCGUACCAGCCGAACAGCUGAGUGUGCCCGUGGGCAAGACGGCAGAGCUGCGCUGCAGCUAUAGCACGUCGGUGGGAGACAACUUCGCUCUGGAGUGGAGCUUUGUGCAGCCUGGGAAGCCCGUCUCUGCAUCUCAACCCAUCCUCUACUUCACCAAUGGCAAUCUGUAUCCCACUGGUUCUAAGGCGAAGAGGGCUAGCUUGCUCCAGAAUCCCCCCACAGGAGGAGUGGCCACCCUGAAACUGACUGAUGUCCAUCCCUCUGAUACUGGAACUUACCUCUGCCAUGUUAACAACCCCCCAGAUUUCUACACCAAUGGGUUGGGGUUAAUCAACCUUACUGUGUUAGUACCUCCCAAUCGCCCCUUAUGUAGUCAGAGUGGAACAACUUCAGUGGGAGGCUCUGCCGCUCUGCGAUGUAGUUCUUCUGAAGGAGCUCCCAGGCCAGUGUACAACUGGGUGCGUCUAGGAUCUUCUCCUACCCCUUCUCCUGGCAGUAUGGUUCAAGAUGAGGUAUCUGGUCAGCUCAUCCUCACCAAUCUCUCACUGACUUCCUCUGGCAUCUACCGCUGUGUGGCUACGAACCAGAUGGGCAGUGCAUCCUGUGAGCUGACCCUCUCUGUGACUGGCUCCUCCGAAGGCCGAGUGGCUGGGACUCUGAUUGGGGUGCUCCUGGGUGUGCUUCUGCUAUCAGUUGCUGCAUUCUGCCUGAUCAGGAUCCAGAAAGAGAGGAAGACCAAGGCCAAGGAGACAUAUGGGGGUAGUGACCUGAGAGAAGAUGCUGUGGCUCCUGGGAUGUCUGAGCAAGCUUCUGUGAAGGCGGAUUCUAGCAAAGGCCUCCUGGAGAGGUCCCCAUCUGCUAGCACGGCGACAACCACCAAGUCCAAGCUCUCUAUGGUUGUAUGACCCCUCCUCGUGAUCGCUGAGGGCUUAAAAUAAGGGAGGGAAUCUCAAUAAUGAAAGCCUUUGGGUA